AUGAGUGGGAAUCUCGUCCUGUUCCAGGACAGAACAAAGCAUGCAGUAUACAUUAACAAGAAUUUAAAAGAUUUCACAGAAGAUGCUAUUGAAAGAAUUACUAGCAACUACAGCAUUCCUAUCGGAAAAGGUGGUUUUGGAGAAGUCUUUAAAGGAGUCCUUGAUGAUGAGCUAGUUGCUGUGAAGAGAUAUAUCCGCCAAGAGUUGAGAGAAGAGUUUAUGGAUGAAGUAAGCAUCCAUAGUCAAAUGAGCCACAGGAAUGUGGUGAAUCUCAUUGGCUAUUGUAUUGGGGAAAAUACCCUAACAAUGGUAACUGAGUUUAUCUCCAAAGGAAACCUCGAUGACAUACUCCACAACAGUAGUACUUCCAUCCCUUUGGAUAUAAGAUUGGGUAUUGCUAUAGGCUGUGCAGAAGCAUUGAGCUACAUGCAUUCGAUGCAUUUAUCAGGUGACAACCUUGUAUGUCAUGGCGAUAUUAAACCUGCCAACAUACUUCUAGAUGCCAAUCUUACAGCAAAAGUAUCAGAUUUUGGACUGUCGAGGCUUCUUUUAGGAGGCAUCACUCAAUACACUAGGAAUGUAAAAGGAAGUAUAGAUUACAUGGAUCCUAUAUAUCUUCGAGAGGGACGUCUUACCCCAAAGAGUGAUGUAUAUAGUUUUGGAGCUGUGCUCUUGGAAUUAAUAGCUAGGAAAAGGGUAAAAGAGGGUAGCUGUAGCCUCAUAUCGACUUUCAGUAAUGCCCGUGGUAAAGGUGAAUGGUCGAGGGACCUUUUUGACAGAGAAAUAAUUAGUGCAGGCAAUAUAAAGAUUCUUGAGGAAAUAGGAAAACUGGCAACUGAAUGCCUGACAUUGGACAUUCAUAAACGUCCCAGAAUUACUGAUGUGGCUAAACGCCUUUUAUUGCUGUGGAGACAAGAAAAACGGGAGUUCUUUUUUAGAACAGAAAGUGUUGGCACAAGCAACUUAAUGAGAUGUUUGGGCAGUUUUGAGAUGGAUGUUGCCAAUUCUGAGAUACUAGCAAAGCUUGGCAACAUGCGAUUUUUCACUGAGAAGCAGGUAAUUGAAGUCACACGGAACUUCUCAUGUCUAUGUAGUGAAGGUUGGUUAGCUGAGGUCUACAAAGGCACUCUAGAGGAUAACACAGUGGUGGCAGUAAAGAAAUCUGUUGAUGCAUAUGAGGAGCAUAUAAUUCAUUUUGUCAAUGGAGUGAUGAUCCAUGCUCAACUCAUCCACACGAAUAUCAUCAAACUGUUCGGCGUCUGCUUGGAGGUUGGUAUUCCAAUUUUCCUAUAUGAGUAUGCUGCUGAAGGCAAUCUUUCAGACCUCCUGAAUGGUAGCAAACAUUUCCCCCUGGAAUUGCGGCUGGAGAUUGCAAUCGGAACUGCAAAAGCAUUAGCAUACAUGCACUCAUCUGAUUCUGGUUGCAUCAGACAUGGUAGUGUCAACCCUUCCAAUAUACUUCUAGAUCAUAACUUCUCGCCAAAGGUCUCAGGUUUUUCACUCUCAAGGGCGCUUACCAUUGAGUACAAUUAUGAUGACUCUGUAGUCGUUCAAAGGCACUACAGCGACCCAAGCUUCGUACAAUGUGGGCUUCUUACAGUCAAAAGCGAUGUGUACAGCUUCGGGAUUAUUCUCAUGGAACUCAUUAGCAGGAAGCUCUCAACAUAUGAUGAAGAUUGUGAACUAACAGACCUUGUUAUCCUGUAUAACAAAGCAUAUGAUUCAGAGAAGAGAGGAGCGGCGAUGUUUGAUAAGGAUAUCACAGCCGAUAAAGACAUCAUACUGCUUGAAGACAUUGGGAAGCUAGCAAUUGAGUGCACGAAACUGGGACCAGAUCUUAGGCCAACAAUGAAGGAGGUGGCAGAACGCCUCGAGAUUCUUAGAGCAUCUUGGGGCAAAGCUAGCCAAGGGAGGUAG